AUGAGUACAAGCAAUCUUUCCAUUUCCUUUCCAUUCAUCGAAGAAAAUAAACUGUGGGAUUUGGAUGGCCCUUUCAGAGCCAGGUUCCCUAUCACCAUCCUGUCAUUCAACAUGACUAUACACAAGCCUCCGAGGGAGAUUGUUCAGCAGUCCAUUGCCGAUGGCGUGGUUACUAACAUUGGUUCCCUCAACUAUGAGACCCCAAAAACGGAGGUUCACAAAUUGCUGCAAGAUCACGACUUCAGCGUCGAGAUUUAUUUGCCCAACUUUGAGCCGGUUUUGGGGGAGUCAGAUCUAGGAAAUGCCAUUAGGGGCUGGUACUGGGUCCAGUUUGAACGGAAAGAAGAUGCCCAACGUGCAAAAGAGGUGCUGAAUGGAACCAUCCUGUAUGGAAGACGCAUCAAGACUGAGUCCAUCACCCACCAACCUGGCCCAAAACCACCAAAAAGUUCUCGAGAUAACGGUACCUUCAAGAACCUUGCAUCCCGCUCUGCUACUAGAGCCACCUCCGAGUCCUUUUUAUCGGUUUCAGCCGCUCCAUCAUCUUUUACCAUCGAGACCUCCAGCUCGACAGUGAGCUUUUUGACAGCCAAUUAUCCAGAUGAGGCUCGAGCAAAGCAUAUCAAGUCAGACUAUGCAAGCCGAGGUCUGGUCAUCGGCCCAGACCUCACUCAGCGACAAGAUACAACGUUGACUCCGCUCUCGCAAUCAGUCCCGAGCCCUCACCCGUGUAACAAAGAUGUUUGGUUACAGACCUUCAUCCAAGUGUUCAAAAGAGGCGGGGCCAGGACUGAGAUGAAGAAAAUCCCAACGACUGAUUUGCCAAAGUUCCAGGCUCAAGGCUAUUCCCAGUACUUCCACCCGGUCAAAAGCUCCACAAACCUUUUCAUGACUGGCAUGAUAGCAUCCGGUCUGGCUGUCAAAUUGAUGCCUGGAGAAGAGCUCGUUACAACUCUGCCCUCUAAGAACCUCGUUGAGCUCACCAUGCCCAUGACUGAAGAAGAGAAGCAGCAAGUUCAGCAAGAAAAAGGACCCAAGUACUACUGGAAGCCUGGCCGUCUUACUGGUGCCAACGCCGCAGCAGAGGCCGGAAUCUCCGACCCUUCCUGUGCUUUUUUUUCCCCUCCCUCAGAGAUGGAUUCCCGCAACCGUUCUGCUACCUGCAGCAGCCACAUGCAGCAGCACCCACGCCCUGCGGCCGUCGGAGUUGGCUGGGGUGGCUUCGACAGGUUCCGGGAGUGGCAGCUCCAUGGACGUCAGGUCAAACGUGAUUCUGUUGAGUACGAGCCAUUCAGUAAGGAGCCAAAAUCUACACUGGACAUUGUCACUGAAACGGGCGAAGUAACGAUGACUAUACCUAUGGAUGUUGAGGACUUCAAGCCUGAGCCCAGCUUGUUGAAGACUUUGACGCUCUGGGAAAAGCUGAAUGGCGGCAAAGGAAAACAGGUUCGAAGUUGCAAGAAGCGCAAGGAUCGCUACACUGGUGUGCGUGGCUAG